AUGUCUGUUACUAAGAAGCCAUGGGAUGCCCGCUAUGUUAACCCGGAUGUGCCCCACACAUCAUCUUACUAUCUUAAGUGUAUGGGUGGUGGUGUUCUCUCCUGCGGCCUCACACACACCGCCGUCUGCCCACUCGAUGUGGUGAAGUGCAACAUGCAGGUGAGCCCCGAGAAGUUCAAGGGCAUCUUCUCCGGCUUCCGUGUGGUGUUGGCGGAGGACGGCUGCGGCUCAAAGGGCAUCUGGAAGGGAUGGUUGCCAACAUUCUUCGGUUACUCCAUGCAGGGUGCCUUCAAAUUUGGCUUCUACGAGGUGUUUAAGGAUCUCUACGCCAACCUCGCAGGUGAGAAGAUCGCAAAACAGUACGAGGGACUCAUUUGGCUCGCCGGCUCCGCAAGUGCAGAGUUCUUCGCCGAUAUGGCGCUCUGCCCAAUGGAGAUGCUGAAGGUGAAGGUGCAGACAUCACCAAGCGGUACAUUCCCCACAGGCUUCGGUGCCGCUCUCGCCGCUAUUCGGGCAGACAAGAACUCCGGAUUCCCCUUCAAGUCCCUCGUGCCACUGUGGUCUCGCCAGAUUCCAUACACCAUGGCGAAGUUCUACUUCUUCGAGCGUGUCGUGCGUCUCUUCUACGCCCACGUUUUCACGAAGCCAAAGGAGGAGUACAGCAAGGCAACUCAGCUCAGUAUCACGUUUGCUUCCGGUUACAUUGCCGGUAUCGUCUGCGCAAUUGUUUCUCACCCUGCAGACUCUCUCGUAUCUGCACGUGGAAAGGCCUCUAACGCUGGCAAGUCAUACGGUCAGAUUGCCUCUGAAAUGGGAUACUUGAACCUCUGCACAAAGGGACUUGUGGCGCGUAUUGUGAUGAUCGGCACUUUGACAGGCCUGCAGUGGUGGAUGUACGACUCGUACAAGAGUGCACUCGGUCUUGGUACCAGCGGUGGUGGUGCCAAGAAGGCCAAGGAAUAA